AUGGCGCCCUCUCUGAUGGCCCGUGGGCUCUUGAUCCUCUCCCCCUUCAUGGUCUCCUCGCUCCAGCAUGCGCUCGCGCCUUCCGGAGUGGUGGUGGCCAAGGAGCAAAAAGCAGCUGCUUGCCCUGAAUCAAGUGUGCAGCAUGUUCUGACGCCGGAUCUGCAGAGCUUCAACCUAGAGGACUUGGCGCAUGGCGGAGCCCUCCCGCCAGGCAUGGAGCCUUGGAGCAAGGUGUUCCGGGCGUUGGGUCAGGGAGACCGGAUGCCAGCAAAUGAGUUGAUGAAGAUGAUGGACAUGAGCGGCGUGAGUGGCGAGCUCUCCGCAGCUUACAUCGACCCGCAGUUAAGGACCGAGCUUGAGAACCGAAGCGUGAAGGAACAGAUCCAGAAGUUGAGCAAUGACACUGGGAUGCUGAUGAAGGCUGUGCAGCAAGACCCUAUGGUGCAGCAGCUGGCCGCAAUGAAUCCGGCCAUGUCACAAGUCAUCAACAGCCCAAGCGCUUUGAAGAAGAUCUUGAGCCCGGAUCUUAUUGAGAAGGUGCAGCAAGGACAGAUACCGGAUGAUGAGACCAUGAAAGCCAUCCUGGACUCAGCUGCUGGCGUGGGCAAGAGCUUGGACACGAAGCCCAGCAACAUGACCGUUGCACCGCCGGCAAGCCCUGCGAGCCUCCUUUUGGAGGAUGGGCUCAGGCUGAAGCAGGUGCGGGCAGGUGAUGCUAAGACAUUUCCCCGACUUGGCGACGUGGUCUCUGUGCAGUAUGCGGGGUACUUGAUGGACGGCAAGCUCUUCGACCAUGGCAAGUUCGCUUUCGAGCUUGGCGCCUCGCAGGUUAUCCGUGGUUGGGAGGUGGCGUUGAAGCACAUGAGCCUCGGAGAGCGAGCGGCGCUGCACAUCCCGGCUGCCCUGGCGUACGGAGAUGCAGGUAAAGGCCCCAUUCCGCCGGGGGCCGACCUGGUCUUCGACGUAGACCUCCGUGGGAUCAACCAGCUGGAAGCAGCACUCUCAAUGGCGCCCUCUCUGAUGGCCCGUGGGCUCUUGAUCCUCUCCCCCUUCAUGGUCUCCUCGCUCCAGCAUGCGCUCGCGCCUUCCGGAGUGGUGGUGGCCAAGGUUCUGACGCCGGAUCUGCAGAGCUUCAACCUAGAGGACUUGGCGCAUGGCGGAGCCCUCCCGCCAGGCAUGGAGCCUUGGAGCAAGGUGUUCCGGGCGUUGGGUCAGGGAGACCGGAUGCCAGCAAAUGAGUUGAUGAAGAUGAUGGACAUGAGCGGCGUGAGUGGCGAGCUCUCCGCAGCUUACAUCGACCCGCAGUUAAGGACCGAGCUUGAGAACCGAAGCGUGAAGGAGCAGAUCCAGAAGUUGAGCAAUGACACUGGGAUGCUGAUGAAGGCUGUGCAGCAAGACCCUAUGGUGCAGCAGCUGGCCGCAAUGAAUCCGGCCAUGUCACAAGUCAUCAACAGCCCAAGCGCUUUGAAGAAGAUCUUGAGCCCGGAUCUUAUUGAGAAGGUGCAGCAAGGACAGAUACCGGAUGAUGAGACCAUGAAAGCCAUCCUGGACUCAGCUGCUGGCGUGGGCAAGAGCUUGGACACGAAGCCCAGCAACAUGACCGUUGCACCGCCGGCAAGCCCUGCGAGCCUCCUUUUGGAGGAUGGGCUCAGGCUGAAGCAGGUGCGGGCAGGUGAUGCUAAGACAUUUCCCCGACUUGGAGACGUGGUCUCUGUGCAGUAUGCGGGGUACCUGAUGGACGGCAAGCUCUUCGACCAUGGCAAGUUCGCUUUCGAGCUUGGCGCCUCGCAGGUUAUCCGUGGUUGGGAGGUGGCGUUGAAGCACAUGAGCCUCGGAGAGCGAGCGGCGCUGCACAUCCCGGCUGCCCUGGCGUACGGAGAUGCAGGCAAAGGCCCCAUUCCGCCGGGGGCCGACCUGGUCUUCGACGUAGACCUCCGUGGGAUCAACCAGCUGGAAGCAGCACUCUCAAUGGCGCCCUCUCUGAUGGCCCGUGGGCUCUUGAUCCUCUCCCCCUUCAUGGUCUCCGCGCUCCAGCAUGCGCUCGCGCCUUCCGGAGUGGUGGUGGCCAAGGUUCUGACGCCGGAUCUGCAGAGCUUCAACCUAGAGGACUUGGCGCAUGGCGGAGCCCUCCCGCCAGGCAUGGAGCCUUGGAGCAAGGUGUUCCGGGCGUUGGGUCAGGGAGACCGGAUGCCAGCAAAUGAGUUGAUGAAGAUGAUGGACAUGAGCGGCGUGAGUGGCGAGCUCUCCGCAGCUUACAUCGACCCGCAGUUAAGGACCGAGCUUGAGAACCGAAGCGUGAAGGAGCAGAUCCAGAAGUUGAGCAAUGACACUGGGAUGCUGAUGAAGGCUGUGCAGCAAGACCCUAUGGUGCAGCAGCUGGCCGCAAUGAAUCCGGCCAUGUCACAAGUCAUCAACAGCCCAAGCGCUUUGAAGAAGAUCUUGAGCCCGGAUCUUAUUGAGAAGGUGCAGCAAGGACAGAUACCGGAUGAUGAGACCAUGAAAGCCAUCCUGGACUCAGCUGCUGGCGUGGGCAAGAGCUUGGACACGAAGCCCAGCAACAUGACCGUUGCACCGCCGGCAAGCCCUGCGAGCCUCCUUUUGGAGGAUGGGCUCAGGCUGAAGCAGGUGCGGGCAGGUGAUGCUAAGACAUUUCCCCGACUUGGCGACGUGGUCUCUGUGCAGUAUGCGGGGUACCUGAUGGACGGCAAGCUCUUCGACCAUGGCAAGUUCGCUUUCGAGCUUGGCGCCUCGCAGGUUAUCCGUGGUUGGGAGGUGGCGUUGAAGCACAUGAGCCUCGGAGAGCGAGCGGCGCUGCACAUCCCGGCUGCCCUGGCGUACGGAGAUGCAGGCAAAGGCCCCAUUCCGCCGGGGGCCGACCUGGUCUUCGACGUAGACCUCCGUGGGAUCAACCAGCUGGAAGCAGCACUCUCAAUGGCGCCCUCUCUGAUGGCCCGUGGGCUCUUGAUCCUCUCCCCCUUCAUGGUCUCCGCGCUCCAGCAUGCGCUCGCGCCUUCCGGAGUGGUGGUGGCCAAGGUUCUGACGCCGGAUCUGCAGAGCUUCAACCUAGAGGACUUGGCGCAUGGCGGAGCCCUCCCGCCAGGCAUGGAGCCUUGGGGCAAGGUGUUCCGGGCGUUGGGUCAGGGAGACCGGAUGCCAGCAAAUGAGUUGAUGAAGAUGAUGGACAUGAGCGGCGUGAGUGGCGAGCUCUCCGCAGCUUACAUCGACCCGCAGUUAAGGACCGAGCUUGAGAACCGAAGCGUGAAGGAGCAGAUCCAGAAGUUGAGCAAUGACACUGGGAUGCUGAUGAAGGCUGUGCAGCAAGACCCUAUGGUGCAGCAGCUGGCCGCAAUGAAUCCGGCCAUGUCACAAGUCAUCAACAGCCCAAGCGCUUUGAAGAAGAUCUUGAGCCCGGAUCUUAUUGAGAAGGUGCAGCAAGGACAGAUACCGGAUGAUGAGACCAUGAAAGCCAUCCUGGACUCAGCUGCUGGCGUGGGCAAGAGCUUGGACACGAAGCCCAGCAACAUGACCGUUGCACCGCCGGCAAGCCCUGCGAGCCUCCUUUUGGAGGAUGGGCUCAGGCUGAAGCAGGUGCGGGCAGGUGAUGCUAAGACAUUUCCCCGACUUGGCGACGUGGUCUCUGUGCAGUAUGCGGGGUACCUGAUGGACGGCAAGCUCUUCGACCAUGGCAAGUUCGCUUUCGAGCUUGGCGCCUCGCAGGUUAUCCGUGGUUGGGAGGUUGCGUUGAAGCACAUGAGCCUCGGAGAGCGAGCGGCGCUGCACAUCCCGGCUGCCCUGGCGUACGGAGAUGCAGGUAAAGGCCCCAUUCCGCCGGGGGCCGACCUGGUCUUCGACGUAGACCUCCGUGGGAUCAACCAGCUGGAAGCACCCGCUUUGGCGGUCGUCUAG